AUGGAAGGCGGGGGUGAAUACCAUGACGAGGAGAAGGAGAAAGCGGCAAAGAGAUUGGAGGCUAUGGUGGCUAUCUUGAUGGCCAGGUCAGAGGUCGAAGUUGUCGCCAGAAAGGAGAUGAUCAAGAAGCGAGACAAGUCGGAAAAGACUCUUGAUAAGAUGAUAGAGGAGCUCGUGCUGCAGGAAAAGAAACAGCGCGAAGAGCAAGAGGCAUUGUCACAGAGAGCAAACCCAUUCCACCACUUUCGAGAACAUUCUUUCGCCACCAGGUUCGCCGAUGUAGUUGACUCUAGAGGAUUCGACGGAGGAUACGAUGAGUAA